GCAACACACACGAACUCAAUGCAAGACCGGCAGUCAGCGCACAAAAUCGUAGAGUAAACAAUAGGUUUCUAGAGGAAAAAACAUGGUGAAACAGACAAUUCAGAUAUUUGCUCGUAUCAAGCCCACUAAAAAAAACACCGCGGUGUACUCCGUCAGCAGCGAAGAGCAGGCGAGCGCUUCUUUGGAGUUUGUGGUGCCGAAGGACACAGCUGAUGGUUUUGUCAACAACAAGAGGGAGUGCUUCAAAUUCAGGUUCCAAAAGGUGUUUGAUCAGGCAACCAAACAAGAAAGGAUAUUUGAAGACAUCGCCAAACCCGUCGCAGACAGUGUAUUGGCAGGCUACAACGGCACCAUCUUUGCCUAUGGCCAGACAGGCAGUGGGAAGACCUUUACCAUCACAGGAGGGGCAGAGCGCUUCAGCGACCGUGGCAUUAUUCCUCGUACACUGUCAUACCUCUAUGAGUGCUUCAGUCUGGACAGCAGCACUAUGUAUACGACACACAUCUCCUACCUGGAGAUUUACAAUGAAAUGGGCUAUGACCUUCUGGAUUCCAGACAAGAAGCAUCUCGAUUGGAGGACCUACCAAAAGUAAUUAUCAUGGAAGAUCCUGAGCAGAACAUCCAUCUCAGGAAUCUUUCAUUGCAGCAGUCUGCAAAUGAAGAGGAGGCUCUCAAUCUCUUGUUUUUGGGCGACACCAAUCGAAUGAUUGCAGAAACUCCCAUGAACCAGGCUUCCACACGUUCCCACUGUAUUUUCACAGUGCACUUGUGUAGGCGUGAGCCAGGCUCUGAUACUCUGCGGCGCUCCAAACUUCACCUGGUAGACCUUGCCGGGUCAGAUCGAGUUAGCAAGACAGGCCUAAAUGGGCAGUUGCUCACUGAAGCCAAAUACAUCAACCUGUCCCUUCAUUACCUAGAGCAGGUGAUUAUUGCUCUAUCAGAGAGGAAUCGCUUCCAUAUUCCGUACAGGAACUCCAUGCUGACCUCUGUGCUGAGAGAUAGUCUUGGAGGCAACUGUAUGACCACUAUGAUUGCCACUGUAGCAGUUGACAAGACUAACCUAGAUGAAUCCAUCUCUACAUGCCGCUUUGCUCAGCGGGUGGCUAUCAUCAAGAACGAGGCCGUAUUGAAUGAAGAACUUGAUCCUACCCUGUUGAUAGCUCGCCUGAAGCAGGAGGUUCAAUCUCUGAAGGAGGAGCUGUUCAUGCUGACAGGAGAGGAGAGAGAUGGCCAGCUUACCAUGGAGGAGAUCCAGAAGUUGGAGGAAUUGGUCAAGGCCUUUCUAGAUGAUCCUGGUCCAGAUGUAACACUGUCUUUGGGACCAGACAUGAGAAAAAUCCAGUACUGCUUCUCUCUGUUAAAGACAAUGGUUCUGGCCAGUAGAAUUGGACGCAGCAGUAACUGUGAUAUACAGGCAUCACCAGCAGUCAUACCAGAGGAAAAAGACAUUUGUGAGCACCACAGUGCAGAAGAAGUCGCCAAACUCAAGGAGAUGUUGAUGCAACGCAACAAUGAGAUCAGUAUCCUGGUUAAGCUUUUGAAGAAGGAGAAAAAAAGGGCAAAUGAUGCCAUACUUCAGCUCACCAGUAUCACCAACAGACAGAAGCAUGCCAUCAUGAGUGACUCCAGUUUGUCAGCAAUGCCACAGUUGAAAGACGGAAACAACGAACCUUCCUCGAAUACUCCUGGAGGACGAGCUGUACUGUACAUGAAAAGAGGGCCGCUGCUGUCAGUGGGUAAGCAAGAGGCCUUUGAGAGCUUUAUUACGGACCACGAGGAUCAUGUCAUCAUUGAAGACAACAGGAGCCUGCUCAAACAGAGGUCAGCAGAGGCCAGAAAACUUGGGGAACAACUUCAUGACGCCAAACAAAAAAUCAAUGAGUUUAAGAAGCAGAUAGAAAUACAUCGGAGACAGAGAGCAGUUUAUGGCGUGACAGGAAAUCAUCAAAAUGUUGAUGAGGAACAAGACCUAGUGGAGGAAAACCUGCGCAAAAAUAUUGAGCAAGAAAAGAAAACUUACAAAAACACUGUUGGACACCUGAAAGCACUGAAAACAGAGAUUGAGCACCUCCAGCUGUUGUUGGAGAGGGCAAAGGUCAAACUCCAGAAGGACUUCCAAAAGUGGUGGAGUGAGGAGGCUUCCAAUGUGCAGGAAACAGAAGCCAGAAGUCAAACAAGAUCUCCGUGUGGAACCUUACAGCCAUCCUCACCUUGUAGUCCAGGUUUUGAAUAUAUGCCAGCCAGACCUGGUGUGCAGGCCACUGUUAAACCUGACCCAACAGACAGGGCCUGUUCAAGUUCUUCAUGUCAGGACUUCAGAGCUCUUUCCACAUCUUCACUGUCACCUUCUUCUAUCCCACUGACUGGAGACCAUCAGGCUGACGCAGACAUCCUGGCCUUCAUCAGAGCCAGGCAAAACCUCCUCAGCAGGACAGGUGCUCCUCAGCAGUAACGUCAAUGGGCCCUUACAGUGCAUAUGCUGUUGCCAUACCUGUACAGUGUACACAUAUUGGACAUUUUACACAGGUGAUCAGGAUGAAAGAAAAACAACUGGAUCCAAACCACAUUACGGUCUUGUGCCAACACACAUCCUGCCAGAGAUGCUGCCUCUGUAAUAAUGAGCAGCAGCAGCCUGGUAUAAAUCAAACUGUGUCAUCCAUUUGAACUGAACAAAUGUUGUUUCAAGAUAUCAGGGGCAGGACAACAAGAGGAAGCCAGCUGGCUCCUCUUGUCGUGAGUCAUCUUCUUCAAAGCUGAUGUGCUCAAACAUGAAUGCAUUUCAUUUUACCGUGUGAUUUGACCAUUUUACAUGUGGCAAACUGUCAAACCUUUAAUCACCGAGCUGUUCUAUUUAUGGUCGUCACAUUUGGCCCGCCAUGUUUACAAGCACGGGUGUACAGGUGGAUAUUCGGCACCAACUCCAAGUUAUUAGCAGUAAUGCAUGUCAGGUGUAUUGGAGACUGUGUAUCUGAAGAUAAGGGGAUUUACAUUGGUAAAAUUGUAGUUGCGGCAAUGUCACCGCGGCCGUGGCUACCUUACUUAAUUUCCAGUGGCGGGCUUCACUGGGCCACUUUUUUUUUUUUACCAAAAAAUACACGGCCAGUCAAAAGUUUGGACACAGUUUCGUGUCCAAACUUUUGACUGGUAGUGUAUAAGAACAUCACCACAGGCUAGCGUAUGUUACUAAUAGUAGUUUCACGGAACAGAUUGUAAAAUAUUUUUCAAUUCAAUUCAAAAUGACAAAUUAAACUUCAUAAAAACUGGCAUAAAUUGUCUUUCGGCCCAAAUAAGAUGAUUGGUCACUCAUCGCUGUCUGGUAUUCAUAAAGAUUUGUGUAUCCACACACACAAAAGCAGUCUCAGAUGGGUGAUCAACAAUUUGCAGUCAUGUAGUUGUUAUAGGCAAAAUAUGCAAUGAUAGCUAACGUUAUGAGCUAAACUUUGCCAAAUGUCUAUCAUUAGCUGACAACCAACAUAACUAGUGCCUAUGUGCAUGUUACGUCAGGCAUACUCAAAGCAGGAAGAGGGUGGGAUAUAAUGCUUAGCAGUUUGUUCGAACAUGAGCGCUCUGUAGGCAGGAGGAGGAAUCCUUUGCAAUCGGUCCCUUUAUGUCUGGCUCCAAAGAUGUCUUUGUCUUUGCAUAUAAGAGCAUAUUGAGUUGAAUGUCUUCAUUAGCAAGUGCUUAUAGAGGCCUGGAAGAAGAACUGGAACUACACUAUGUUUGUGCACCUCAAAGUGAACGGACGGGUAUGAACACCCAGUCGUGCUACUUAUCCGGUCACUUUACUGCAUUAAUGCAAACCCUGUGCCCCCAAUGCAGAGCCAUCCCAUGCUGCUGUCUCAGAGCUGAUCUGCAUCUGUCAGCAUCUGCAGGUCAUCAAUUCGAACUAUCCUGUCUCUUCAGAGCCAUUACUGCACGCCCACCUCCAAAAGAAUGAACAUGUGCAACAUAUUUGCCUGGCUUUGCAUUGAUUUGUUUGACAGGUGACAAGCAGCUGCACAAUUUGCAUCCUGCCAGAGUUGCCUUGGAGAAAGUCUUGAGUCUUCUUCAAGUAAGUCAAGGCAUCUGUUUAAUUCUUUUGAUGGCUUUCUUUAAGACGCGAGUGUUUUAAGCAACAUUUGUGAAGGAGUUGUAAAAAUACUGCAUACAUUUCACGUUAUCAGACAAUACAGUAUAUAGUACAGUACUUCAAUUUAUGAGAUCACGUGGCUGCAUCACGAGGCCUCACAAAUUAAUCCAGAAUAACUUUCAUCCACUAAAACUACUUUCUGUGCAGGCAUGCAAGUGAAUAACUAUAAUUUGACAUUUAAUUCAAUAAAUAAUCGUGUGCUUUACCUUUUUUUUUAAUUAUUGGAAAAUGCAUCUAUAGCAAUGAAAGUUACAUUGAAUC